AUGUACUCGCCUACAGACACGUCGGAAUACCCCAAGAGCCACCAGUUCUUUUGCCACACGGACGACGAAGAUGUCCCAGACACCGUCCAGUCGUUGUUGGCAGAUAUGAUGGAUCAGCGCCCGCGUGCCCUCAAAGACCUGUUGGAUUGGUUUUGCUCUUCUCUGGCCAAGCUGGUUGGGGGCAGUUCGUCACAGCCCAUUGAAGUGGACUCAGACUCCGAAGAUGGGACAGAGGAUGAAGACGAGGUGUUCGACUACGAUGAUGACAUCGACCUCGACGCGAUCACGGUCGAGCCUAACACUAUUCUUCAUCGCCUCCAAAAGGAUUUCUUAAAUGUCGUGGCGUCUUCUUACAAGCCAGGUAUCAUCAGAACUGCUGGCGGAAAUGACUUUAUUGUUUCUGUCUCCAUCCCGGUCAUUUCAUUGGCAAACGCCAUCCCGCCGCGUGCCUUGAUGGCAUGGGACCGACGUCUUUUGUCUCGAUACCAACAUCUCACGCUCCUUAUUUCUGGUUUCCGGGGGCUCUACCCAGUCAUUCAGAACGACGGCUCUUACACCGACUCUGCAACCAAACUUGCUGUCUCUCUAGCGUUCAAGGUCGGUCUCAGCCAGAGCUACAAACCUGGAAAGGAGCAGGCGCAAGAAGCGGUCCGGAAACACGGUUUGAUCAUCAACGAUGCGGAGGACGAGCUGAGGCUUCAGGCCGAGAAAGCCGUACAGGAGCAGGCUGUGCAGUUCUGGGACGGCGAGGACGAGCAUGAUUGGAUGGAGGACCCGGUAGAAGUUGUCCCAGAGGUGCCCGAGGAACCGGAGGACCCGGGGCGGUUUGAUCGAUUCAGUCUGACCAGCUCGCUCGAGACGCUGCUUGAGCAGCAGUUCCUUCGCCUCGUUCAGCUGAGACGACAGUUUGGUCUCGGUUGGGCUGGUGCCGAACUGCUAUUGUCUACUAUCGAAAAGUCUCAGAGAACCGCCGAAGAAGUCUACGGGUCGCUUGAGGAGAAAAUAAAGGAGGCUGAUGCAGCGGAAGAGACCCUCUCCAGGUUGGGCACGACCUUGCCUGAUGACCCCUUGAAAGCCUUGGGCAGAGACGAGCCCAUCAAUCUUCCCUUGACUGCCUUCUGUUAUCUGAUCAGGCGCCUUUCGCUCUGCACCAAGUACUGCGUUGUGUGCCACAACAAACUAGAGGUGGACUUCGAAGUCCUGAAGCCCUACGUAUGCGGCAACAAACUAUGUUCAUUCCAAUACUAUGCAAUGGGCCGAGGCCCUUCACUUGAGUACGAGAUUAUCCACAACCCGAACACUGUCGAUCUCCUCGUGUCUCUCGCAUAUGUGUCGGCUGUCGAAGGGACAAUGGAUGACCCUCUCCCCGUGGGACUAGCGCUACGUGUUCCUCAUCCAGGUGCCUUGCCUUUGGGGAUGUAUGUUGCGCAAGCGCCCCGUGCGCACGUGGGCUUCAUGCCGCAACCUGUCGCUGCUCCAUCAAGCGCCACUUCGGACCCGCAGAUCUCGUCUACUCCGGACAGUGGUGAACUCUGCGACUUUGACAAUCUCACUAAACCUGAAAUGCGAGCUGUUAUUGCUAAGCUGAUCGAUUCUCUGCCUUCCAUUGAUGAAAUGAAGAAGCAUUUGACUCGUAAAGUCAACAUUGGAAAGUCUAAGCCCAAACUUUAUGACAUUGACCCCGAAGUUCUUCCCGCCGCCUGGCUUAUUCUUCGCUGGAUUGUUGGUUCGUGUACGGCGUCCAUCGAAGAAAUCACCUCCGAAGAAGACGAAAUCAAAAACCUAGACCCCAACUGGCGCCAAUUCAGACUGACCGUCGGAGCGCCGGACGCUGAAGCCAAGUUCAAGUCCGCUGUUGAAGCUGCCGCUAAAGAGAACGCCAACGCCAGGGAGUAUCCUGCCCUCUAUGCUUUCCAUGGCUCACCUCUUAGGAAUUGGCAUUCAAUUAUUCGGCAUGGCCUUUGGUACAAGGAAAUUGCCCAUGGGAGGGCCUACGGAAACGGCGAGUCGCCAAUUGUCGUCUAUCUAGACCUUACGACUAACGCUAGGAGUGUAACGAGUGCAAGCAACUGCGUCGCUCUAGCUGAAAUUGUGAACCUUCCGCACAAAUUUGUCUCGAAUAACCCCUGGUUCGUGAUCGCUGAUACCACAUGGAUCGUUUGUCGGUACCUCCUCGUCAAGGGAGCUUCGCCUGAACCAACAUUGCUUGCCAAAACAACUUCUACCGUACCAUACGUCCCCAUGGACCCAGCACACAAGCCCACAUUGAACCAGAAGGAGAUACAAAUCCCGGAUCCCAGUCGCCAGGUGGAGAACGUUUUGACGAUCCGACGAUCCGAGGUCGUCCAAGAGGACCCAGACUCGGAGGAUAUGGAGAUCUUCUCAGCCGCUGAACCAACUACCAAUGGUGUGAAAGGUUCUGGCUCUCAGUCCAGAUACGACGAGGAUUACCAUAUGCACCUGGACGACGACGACGACUACAAGAUUGCAGCACCCGCCCCAAAGCCUCCGAAGGUCGUCCCCCAACGUCCCGUGGAUGACUGGAAACACGAUCCGGUUUACGUCCACAGCGCUGUGGAGAGGCUCAUGCUUCCACCGUUCGAAGCGACUACCUCUGCGACCAGCACGCUUCAGCGGGAGCUAAGAGCAAUGUUGAAGGAGCAGGAGAACGCCAGGAGCUUAAAGGAACUUGGUUGGUACCUCCCCGAAGAGUUUAUCGGCGAUAACCUCUACCAGUGGAUCGUUGAACUUCAUUCGUUCGACCCUGAUAUUCCCAUCGCUAAGGACUUGAAAGCGAAGAAUAUCAAUUCGGUCGUUUUCGAGAUUCGUUUCCCUCCACAGUUCCCGGUCGCACCACCAUUCUUUAGGGUGAUCACUCCUCGUUUCCUGCCGUUCAUUCAUGGCGGUGGUGGGCACGUCACUGGAGGAGGAUCGAUUUGCAUGGACCUGUUGACUGCCGACGGUUGGCUCCCCAGCUACAACAUUCCCUCGAUCCUGCUUCAAAUCAAGCUCGCAAUUUCCAACCUAGAGCCUCGGCCUGCCCGUCUCGCACCAAAUUGGGACCAACACUAUGGUGUUCACGAAGCGCUCGAAGGAUUCAAACGUGCCGCAGCGACUCAUCAUUGGAAGGUGCCCGAAGGCUUGGACCGCCUUGUUCGAUAG